AUGGCCAAGUCAAGGUUCGAAUAUGUUAAAGAGUUUGAGAGACGUGAUGUGCUACUACCUCAAUGCUAUAUAGUGGUGCGAAUUGAUGGCAAGAAAUUUCAUGAGUUUUCGCGGUUUUAUGAGUUCGAGAAGCCAAACGAUAUUCGAGCUUUAAGAUUGAUGAAUGCAGCUGCCAAAAAUGUAGUGCUUCAUUAUAGGAACGACGUCAUUGUGGCCUAUGGUGAGAGUGAUGAGUAUUCUUUUAUUCUCAGAAGAGACACGACUCUGUACAAUAGGCGACAGGAUAAGAUUGCGUCACUGUUUGUAUCUCUGUUCACCUCUCAGUACGUGGCAUUGUGGCCCAAAUUCUUCACCAACCGGGAGCUGGAUCUUAAGCACCUGCCGUUUUUCGAUGCCAGAUGUGUGGCGUAUCCUAAUCUCGCCAUCAUAAAAGACUAUCUCAGCUGGAGAUUUGUAGAUACGCACAUCAACAACUUGUACAACACUGUUUUUUGGCAGUUGGUUCAGAAGUGCGGAUUGACCACUCAGCAGGCAGAGAAUCGGCUGUCUGGCACGCUAAGCAACGAGAAGCAGGAAAUUCUCUUUACAGAAUGCGGCAUCAACUAUAACAAUGAACCGGAGAUGUUCAAGAAGGGAACGAUGGUAACUCGGAAGGGAGAGUUUCUUCAUAUAGACGUCAUCAAAGAGAUCGAUCGGAUCUUCGAAGGUUACUGA